UCUUUUUCCAAUGUGGAGUAAAAAAGAUAAACUUUGAACUAGUGCAGCCAGUUUCAGGUAAAAAGAACAGACCUAAAGUUUUACAAAGGUGAAGAAAACCGAUUUUAGGAGAAGAAUGGACAUAAAUAAAGAGAUAGUGACAGAGUGGAUAAUAUUAUUAUUUGUGUGAUACUGCAUCAUUGAUAUAUAUACAUAUAACAGUCGAACCUCCCAAAACGUAUACAGUCGGGACCGACGAGCCUCCCAAAACGUAUACUUCUCCUAUUCACUCACAUACAUAUGCACAUAAAUUUUUAUUUAUAUAUAAAGUUCAUGAAUUAAAAAGAUGACUGACACAGAAGUUACAAUAUCUGAAGAGGAUGAAUUUUAUUUUGAAUCUGAUCAUUUAGCAUUGAAAGGUAACAAGGAUUACAGUGCAUUCCUGAAAACUAUAGUAACUCUCGAGGCCCAGAGAGUUCAAGCCAUAAGAGAUUUGGACGAACUUAAGUCCGUGCAAUCUAAAGCGAUGAAAGAUCCGAUAGCGUUUGUGGCGCAGCUGCAAAACGGCGAUCUUCCAGAGCUACCCUGUCCACAGACUAUUGCUGACAUUCCUCAUGUCAAUUGGUCGCAGUACGAUGUUGGAUCUUCAGAUACACGAUUAAAACCGCAUACUCGACACAAACAUGUGUUAUCUCAGGUUCAACAGAAAAAUGAACGAGAAAGUGGAAAGAUCUUCGUCAGAGGUCGUGCUUUUGAUGAGAGUAAGCCUGAAACUUUUAAUCAAUUGUGGACAAUAGAAGAACAAAGAAGACUUGAAGAGCUCUUAAUUGAAUAUCCACCUGAAGAAGUGGAGAUGAGACGGUGGACCAAGAUAGCCCAUGCAUUAGGAAAUCGAACACCCAAGCAAGUAUCUAGUAGAGUUCAAAAGUAUUUCAUUAAACUUGGAAAAGCAGGUUUACCCAUACCAGGAAGGGGACCUAAGCAAAAGUUUGAUAUUAAAAGAAGUUCAACCCAUAAACAUCAACGUAACAAUCACUUUUUGUUCAAACGUUCCACAUUCUUUCCUCAUCACGAUGUUUCUUUUAAUAUACCUGAAGAAAAUAAGGAACAAUCUAUAGCAGAAGAAUAUGAUAUAACAGAUACAAGUAAAGAAUGUGAUAAUCCAGAAUUAAGAUACAUUGAUUUACUCUGUCAAGUAAAGACUGAAAAGGAACAGGAUCCGUCUUCUCUGUACCAACAUAUUGGAUACAAGUGUACAGUGUGUGGUGAGGAACCAUUGAGAGGUACCAGAUGGCACUGUGCUGAAUGUUAUAAUCGAGUUAAUUUAUGUGGUGAUUGUGCGGUCGCACAAUUGGAAGCAGAAAAUCCUGCACAUGAUCUAUCUCAUAGAUUAAUUCCUAUAAAAUCAUCACAAUCCUCCAAAAGUUACGACCAAGACUAUCUCCCACACAGUUUCAGCAAUUCCUCCUCUUACAACUAUCUCGAUCCGAAUUUUUUAUGUGACUAACUUAGUUUCCUAAAUAA